AUGGCCUCGCCUCUUAGGAGCAAGUCCUCCGCCCCGCGAGUGGAAAGCACCCGCCACAAGGAGACGUCAACUAUCCGCGUGGAGACAUCGUCCCACCGCGAGGAAACAUCAUCCCACCGCGUGGAGACGUCCUCCCGGCAGGUUCGAACGUCUUCCCGCCAGGUGGAGACCUCUCAGCGCCACCGGGAGGGGCCCUCCCUCACCCCCUCCGCGAAGCGACUCCCUAGAUUCCUCGAGGUGUCCUCCCAGCACGUGGAAACCUCCUCGCAGUGCACGGAAACGUCUUCCAGCCACGUCAGGGCGUCGUCAUCCCUGCGGGUGGAGACGACUGUGCACAGGGUAGAGAGCCCAGCCAGGCGGGACAAGCAGGCUGCUCGCCAGAGUGCCAAAAUGGCCCGAUGAAGUGCUACCCAAGGGCCAUGGCCCUUAGCCAGGACUGAAGUGCUUCCAGUUGCCCGCCAGCCAGCCAGCUUUCACGAGAGCCAAGCAUCUUUGGUUUCAUGGAAACAGCCCAUAAAUCAAUGUAAGAAACAGGCUGUGGUUUCUGGGCGCUGCCAACAUGUAUUGACAUUGCAGCACCUUAGACCACCCUGCUAUUGACCCAGUGUACUAUUUAACCUGAAGCCAGCACGGAGGAGUUUCGGACUUGUGGUACUGUAUAUGCCUGGCCAAUGGACAAAGAGGCCCUUUGAGUCUCUGCACCAGUAGUAUCUGGAAGACUGGCUGAAUGUGACCUGGAAAAGCCAGACACCUGGCUUCUGGAUCAUUGAUGCUUCAGGAAGGGCACGGGAUCCUGGUAGAUUCUCUGUUGUCCAUCUCUUAAAAGAAAUUUUUAUCUAGGUUUCUUCCUCCACAUUUCACUUCUUCAUGUUUCAAAGUUGGAAUGGAAAGAGAGAUACAAAGUGUCAAAAAAAGUGAUAGAUAUGAUAAAACCCAUAUUUACCCUAUUACUAUAUUAUACAUUCCACAGCUUCAGAAUGACAGUGUGUGUUGAUGAAGGUAAUUGUCACUGUGCCUGUCAUUCUUUGUAAAUGUCCAUUAAUGUUGGCCACGCUGUGUGUUAUCCUCCCAUUGUUCUCGGUAGCCGAUAGUGCUGCUGUACCUGGCAUGUGUCAUACAAUGUUCAAGACAGUAUGUGCAACAAUAAUGAAUGGAGAGCAGUAUUCUCCACUUGCAGUCAAGAAAGCCUUUGAUGGCACCGUCUAAUAAUGGAGUUUAUUAUGUGAGGUAAUAGUUGUGUACAGCUUACCUUCAGUUGUACCAGCCAGGUUAGUGUGAAAAACUAAAUAAAUGCAAAUUCUUGAAAGGA